GGGCUGCUCUGCGGGAUGUGUUGAGCAGGGGCAUCUCAGCAGGGUCUCUCUCUCUGAUCAGGGACUUCCUUCAGGGCCAAGUGCCUGGUGGCUUUACCUGAGCUCUGCCCUCCCCUCGCCUUGUGCAGCAGCUCUGCCACCAAGGAGCUGUGGGAGGCAGCUGUGUGUGUGUGAGUGGGGAAGUGAUGCCUACGAGCCUGCAGCUGUUUCCCUGUGGCUUUGGCACAGCCCGUGUCGCCAUGGAGCAGUCCAUAUUGAUUAUGUUAAUCUUGUGAAUCGAUUGCUACGGAUCUGAUGAUGGAGAAGCUGGCUCUGUCAGCGCUGGGGUUUGCUGCAGGGAGCCCUGCUGGGAGCUGUCUGCAGCUCUCAUUUGGUGUUAGCUCCUGUACUGCAUAUCCUCUGAGCACACAAGUGUUGGUGUAGGAUGCUGCAGCUGCUUCUGAGUAAUGUGGGGAAAGCAGAGUGGCUCCAGGCUUAAUGACCAACUCUUGCUCCAGCCUUGAAGGGGACUUACUGGGCCGGCCACGCUGAUGGAACUGGUUGCUCCAUACAUCCAGGAUUUACAGUAGGAAUUAGCACUCAGUGUGCUUUCUUGGCUCUAGAGUGCAAUUAAGUUCUUUGUGGGACACACCCAGACAGCUGCCUGCUUGCUCCCCAUAGUGCUGAUGAUGGAGCUGGAGUUGCUGUACUCAGGCUGUGUUCUGGCCUUUGCUUGGAAGCAGCCCCCUGUCCUUGCAGUGCUUCACAGCAUGCUUGUGCUGGAGCUGCAAGGGCCGCUCUGCUUACAAACGCUCCUGUGUGCAUUCCUCUGUCCUGGAGCCAUUUGUGUGCAGUCUGGAGCAGGACUACUGCCUUCCCCGGGGACCAGGUGCACACCGGGCACUGCCGGAGCACUGGUGCAGAGCAAGAGCUCCUUCCCACCUUGUCUUCCAUGACUGACCUCCAGCUGGAGCUGGCUGCCUUUUCCCAAGCCACACGAAUCCCCAGACUUUCCAAUGAGCGACGUGUACAAAAUGCAGGGGGUUAUAACCUUUGCCAUUUGAUAAGUUGUCCGUUAACCAGGAGGUAGCAGAGCAGCUCCGCACACACGGCAGCGGGCAUUGGACUGGUGUGAGAGCAGUGGAUGAGGAUGAUAAAGGACACCUAUAAGGAUGCCAUCCGCACGUUGAACACGCUGCAGACAAACGCCAGUUACCUGGAGCAGGUGAAGCGGGAACGCGGAGACCCCCGGGCCCAGCUGGAGGCCAUGCGGGGCUUUUUGGAGAGGAGCGGGCUGCAGGUCGAGGACCUGGAUCGCCUGAACAUCAUCCACGUCACGGGGACGAAGGGCAAGGGCUCAGCCUGUGCCUUCACCGAGCGCAUCCUGCGUGGCUAUGGGCUGCGGACUGGCUUCUACAGCUCCCCCCACUUGGUGCAGGUGCGCGAGCGGAUCCGUAUCAAUGGGCAGCCGCUGAGCAAGGAGCUGUUCAGCAAGUACUUCUGGCUGGUGUACCGCCGGCUGUGGGACACUAAGGACGAGGCGCAGGCCAACAUGCCGGCGUAUUUCCGCUUCCUCACCAUCAUGGCCUUCCAUGUCUUCCUGCAGGAGAAGGUGGACCUGGCGGUGGUGGAGGUGGGCAUCGGUGGUGCCUUCGACUGCACCAACAUCAUCAGGACACCAGUGGUGUGCGGCGUCUCCUCGUUGGGCAUCGACCACACCAGCAUCCUGGGGGACACUGUGGAGAAAAUCGCUUGGCAGAAAGGUGGCAUUUUUAAGCCUGGCGUGCCAGCAUUCACAGUGCUGCAGCCCGAGCAACCACUGGAAGUGCUCCGGGACCGAGCACGGGAGUGUGGGUGCCCGCUGUACCUCUGCCCCGAACUGGAUGCCUUUGAGGCGGGGACGCGGGUGCUGGAGCUGGGGCUGGCGGGGAGCCACCAGCGCUCCAAUGCUGCUCUGGCUCUGCAGCUCUCACGGACGUGGCUGCAGCGGCGCGGUUACGAGGCAGGUACCGAUGUGCUGCAGGACGUGCUGCCCGGAGCGGAGCUGUCGGCACAGCGCUCGGUGCCACUGGCACCCACGUUUUGCCCCAGUGAUGCCAUGAUCCAAGGACUGCGGGACACAGAGUGGCUGGGCCGUACCCAGGUGCUGCCGCACGGCCCUGUGACGUGGUACAUCGAUGGGGCUCACACCACCAGCAGCAUCCAAGCCUGCGUACGCUGGUUUCGCCAGGCAGCCCUCAAUGAGGACAAACCCCAGGAUGGCUCUGAGGUGCGGGUGCUGCUCUUCAAUGCUACGGGGGACCGGGACACAGCUGCACUACUGAAGCUACUGCUGCCCUGCCACUUUGACUACGCCGUUUUCUGCCCCAACUUCACAGAGGUGUCGGUGGCUACUAGUGCAGACCAACAAAACUUCAACGUGACACUGGAGAACGCCCUCACACGCUGUGUGGAGAACCAGAAGACGUGGACGCGGCUGAUGGAGGAGAAGGGGGGCCCCUGGCUGCCAGCCCCCCUGGAGGUGGGGGGGCUGCUGCAACCGGACCCCUUGCGUGAAGCCCUGCUCCUGGUGCCCCCGGCCGAGCGGCCGCUCAAUUCCACCUCCCUCGUCUUCCCCUGCAUCUCCCACGCGCUGCAGUGGAUCGCGCAGGGCCGGGAUCCCCACCUGCCCAUCCCUGCCUCCAAGGUGGGGGCUCACCCGCACCCUGUGGCCACCAGCGGGGCCGUUCUGCUACAGGAGGCGGCCACCAUCCGCGUCCUUGUCACUGGCAGCUUGCACCUGGUUGGGGGGGUCCUCAAGCUGCUGGACCCCAUGCUGUCCCAGUAGUGGGGAUGGGGGCUCUGCACCUCCUUGGACUUGAAUGCUUGGAGGCAAAUAGGACCCCCCCCCAAGCUGGGCUGUCCCUGCUCCUUCUCACCCCAGUGCCUUUUGUUUGUGCCAGCCCAGGGAGAGGCUGUCCCCAUCAGGAGGAGGGGACACUUGUGAUGAGAUGAACUCAAGGUGCCCCCGGGCUCUGGCAGGGGAACUGUGAGUUCCCUGACCCCCCCCCAGAGCAGGUUUUGGGGGUCUGUGGGUGCUCUGUGCCCUAGGUAUGAGUGAUGCUUCAAGGCUCUGUGCCACUAAUUUAAUGUAGUCUAGGUUUUUAUUAUUAUUAAGUUUGUAACUUUGACCUGGAGCUGGGCUGGGGGGUCCGGGUUGAUGUCUGUGCACUGCCCCGGGCCGAGGGGGCAGAAGCGUGGUGCUGCCUGGCCCCCAGCCCCCAUCCCAAUAAACCAUUUGCUGCUCCCA